UUUUCAGUCGCUUUUCUGCUGUAAGACCACGUGCAGGAAGCUUGAGUCGUUGCUCUGUCACAGACCCAAUAUUAUAUCGCGAUCACCACUACUCGCGGACGCUGUGCAAUAAUUAUUGUGAUAACAGAUUUAUUGUUUUUUUGGUUUUUAUUUAUCGUAAUAAUUAAUUAAUCUAUUUAUUUAUUCAUUCUAAUUAAUUUUAUUGUUUGCCGAUGAGUAUUCUUCAAAAUAAUUAAAUUUGUUGUUUUAUUUUAUUUGAAUCAAUAUGGAUUUUGCUUCGCUUUUAACAUCUUUGCACAAAAACGGCUACCGUGGACACCAAACAUGUCUGUCAAAAAUAUCCAGUUAAUGAAGUGGAGCUUCCCGGCAUUUGCGUUUAUCAUUGGAUUUUUUUGGUACAAACGUCGAGCAUUAGAUCGAGUUGACCCCGGUGGGAUACCCAGGUCAGAUAAAAGUUCACCACCGAAAGAAUCAGCCACUGAUAAAUCAAACGGCGACUUAAAUACAUCUAAAAAGAACGACCUAGACUUGUACGAUUCAGGAAUUCACGUCGAAAAAUCAUUAAACUCACUGAGCCUAUUGGACCAGACCCCGCCAAAAGAGCAGGUGGUUGCUUUUAGUCCCCGCAAAGUUAGCGAGAGCUUAGAUAUACCGAUGAAGAAAUCUGACUCAAUGUCAAUCAGGUCGCGAAAAUCUUCGGGCAACAGCAUACCUUGGUACGAGGACGUUGAAGGUUUGCCCGACAUGAAGGAAGUUGUUUUGGGUAGUAACCCGAAAUCUUCAAGCUUCGACAGAAUGAUCCGCAAGAAACCUCCAGUUAUUCUUGAAAAUAUUGAAGACAAUAACAAUACUAAUAAUAAUAAAAAUAUUGGCGAGGAGCAAGUUUCUGGGAGGGAAGUUGUUGUCAGUAAAGUUGAAGCGAGUGUUGAGCAGGGACAAGUUGAUAAUAAGGAACAGAAUGAGGUGCAAGAGCCGGUUAAAGAGGAAGGCGAUAAAGCUGAACCAGAGGAACAAAAUGAAUUACAUCAAACAGUUGUUGCUUCGCCUCAAACCAGAUCACGUUCAAUUAGCAUUGAAACUUGUGAGAAAACAAAUGAUACUGCUUCCGCUGGAGAUGAGACUAAAACGGGUCAGACUUUGUUUGAACGAGAUUCUGCAAAUCAUAGUCCUGUUUCCGGAGUAUUAGAUGGCAGUGUCAAUGAUGACAUCAGGAGCGAAGGCAGCACUGACAGUGGAAAAGGUGGAAGCAUUAAUGGAAAAGUACCAAAAAACAAUAGCAAAACAUUUUAUGAAUUUUUAAUCCCUGAAAAAUUCGUCGGAAAACUUAUAGGAAAACACGGUGCUUCAAUAAAGAGCCUGAACGAUCAGGCAAAUGUUAAUAUUACCAUUGACUUUCAUCCAUUAGAUGAAGACUUGAGAUUAUGUAUAAUUGAAGGGCUGCCGGAAAAUAUUGCGACAGCGUUGGACCUGAUCAGACAAAAAUUCCCUAAAAAAGCUUACCCAGGGUUUACACUUGAACAAGUUAAUAUAACGACAUCACCUGAAGAAAUAACUUGGGUGCCAGAAUUGAUGCAGCUGCAAUUAGUUGAGAAUCUUAAUAAUGAUGUAUUGGUGUGUCAUAUUUUACAACCAAAUCGUUUAUUCAUACAAUUACCCACACAUCCUACGUAUCCUUCAUUCAAGCUAUUAGAUUACAACUUGACACAAUUCUAUAGCACUGUCGAAUCACCUCAUGUGCCAGACCAACUUACCCGCGGUAUGAUUGUCGUCGCACGGUGGUACAAUAAAUGGGUGAGGGCGUACGUAGAAGAGCCAGAUGUUGAAGGUUUACAGCAUUUAUUACGUUUAGUUGAUCAUGGAGGUUUCUGGAAAUUUAGUAGUGCUGAACUUCGUCAAAUUAGAUCUGAAUUUCUUACAUUGCCUUUUCAAACUUUAGAAGUUAAUUUAGCUUAUGUAAGACCCAUUAAUGGUGAAUGGACGCAAGAAGCGUACGAUGUAGUAUCUCAAAUUUGUAGUAAUCGUAUUAGUCAAGCACAGAUUGAAGCAUAUACUAAUACCGAAAUUUUCGUCAGUUUAUAUAUUGAAUUACCCAAACACGGGGUGAUAUCCCUCGCAGAUGAAUUAGUAGCACGUGGUUACGCGGAGUCUGUAAGUUUUGAAGAAUUGUUAGCAGAGCAUUGUACGCCGUUGGUAGCAUAAUCUGUGUGAUUUUUAAAAUAGACUCCGUACCUGCGUAAGUCAGAUAGGAUUAUUACUAUUGAUAAAUAAUUAUAAAUGUGUGAUUCAAAGCGUAAAUGUAUGAAUGAUUUAUAUAUUUUAAUGGCAAUAAGUUUAUCGUUUCGUUUUAACAACUUUUCAUAUUUUCUACCGUAUUUAAAUAAAUUUCUAAGUUUCAAGUAAGGUAAAA